AUGCCCGCCCGAUCCGGCACCUCGUCCUCCAGCAUGCACACGUCCACGUCGUUUAGCUCGAGUUUGGUUGAGACAUCUCCGUCACGUCAUUCGCCCAAUCGAAGCAAUCUUCGUCCUCAUCGAGAAUCUUUGACGCGCGAUCCCUAUGGCAGUCCUGCACACAAGCUGGCCCUCGAAUUCAACCUCCGUCUGUCCAUAUCCGACCGUGAGUUCAACGAGAAGCUAGACAAAGCUGCUGCUGUGCGCGCCGAACAGCACCAGCAGCAACUCGCCUAUGCUGCCGAGGAGCACGAACGCGUCUAUCGCAGCGCCAAACUCGAGCUUGAACGCCAGGCCCUUGAAGAGGAGCAGGCCCGUCUACGCCAUGAGGAGAACCAGAAGAGGGAAAUUGAGCGGCUGAAGCAGGAAAAAGCCCGCGAACAAGCCGAGGCACAGCGAAGAGCGCUCGAGGCCCGACAACGCGAAGAAGAAGCCGCCCGUCAGGCUGCAGAGCACCAGAAGAAGCUACAGGAGGCUGAUGCUCGCAUCAAGGCUCGGAAAGAGCAAGAAGCCGCCGCUGAACGCCAAAAGAAGGAGACUGAGGAGGCGGGUCGGAAAGCUGCCGAGGCGGCUGCGGCUGCAGAAAAGGCCCGUCAACAGGUGCCACAGCAAGUGCCACAGCAAGCGCCACAGCAAGCGCCAGCUGCGCCCACACAAGCUGCAGCCCCAAAGCCUGGACAGGCACCCGCUGCCAAUGUCGACCAGAUCCACGCCAAGUACCUUCAACUGCACCAGCGGAUGAAGGAGUUCCGCAAAGCCUUUUGGGAGGAGCACAAGAAACCCACCUCGCCCCUCAAGGGCCCCGUUGGCGAUGCGAGACGCGCUCUCCGCACUCGUCUAGGUCAGAUCAACGUUGACCGAACAGACAGCACCGCCGCCAUCAAGCGUCUCCGAACAGAAUGCUUCGAUGUCGCCUUGAACACCCCAGGUCCCAUGAUUGACAUCCGCCAAUACAUUGUCUCACACCAGCUGCCUCAGCUAGCCAACCAAAACCAAGCUGCAUACCCCGCCUUCCUCCUCUACGUCUGGAUCUGCUUUGAAAAGUUCCUUAUCGGUCAGUUUGAAAAGGAGGCUGCCAAUCCCGAUGGACGCAUCAUCCAGGAGAUUGGUCUUAUAGCAGCUAGUCUGUUUGGCGACCAAAAGUACAUGUGGAAUGGAGUUCCUCUCACUGAUAUUGUGCUUGCCAAGCUGCACAAGGCUUGCCCGCCUCUCUUUGGCAUCCGCGGCACAAUGGACACCCAAGAAGGCCGGCUGCGGCUAGGCUGGCGGGUCCAUUCUACAACGGAGACAUACGCUCAACGCAUGCGCGCAAUCUCCGAGUACUGGCGCGCUAUUGCCUCCAUCGUCAAUACUCCACCCGACCAACUCUGGCCUGGACACUUUGCUAUCCUCAGCGGCUUGAUUCGCGACUACCACAAGAAGUUCAUCCAGUUCUACGGCGUCCCCGCACGUGCAGUACUACGUCGCGCUGUUAUCGAUCUCCCUAUGCGUGCACCUGACCGCUGCAAGGAUGCCGCAAGCACCAUUGCUGUGUUGAGCGAGAGCUGGAAGAGAGAGAAUUUCUCAUUGGACUAG